AUGGCUUCAGAUAUACCCAAAGUCGUACCAUUGACAUGUCAUGGACAUUCUCGGCCAGUUCCUCAUUUGAACUUCUCGUCUCUCGUUGAGGAUGAUCAAUACUACUUGAUUUCUGCUUGCAAGGACAACAAUCCCAUGCUUCGUGAUGGCAUAACCGGCGAUUGGAUUGGUACUUUUCUUGGCCACAAGGGAGCUGUCUGGCAAGCCCGACUGUCAACGGAUGCCAACAUUGCGGCUACUGCUGCCGCCGAUUUCUCUGCUAAGGUCUGGGAUACCCACACGGGCGAAUGUUUGAACACUCUUCAGCACUCCCACAUCUGUCGAGCGGUGGCAUUUCCCAUCCAAGCCUCUCCCCAAGUCUUAGCGACGGGAGGAUUCGAGAAGAAGCUCCGCAUCUUCGACCUUACGCGCAGCGGGGGCAGCAACAGCUCUUCGCCCACCUCACCGUCAGCCCCGGAAACCAGCAACGGGACAAACACAGUAACAAGCUACGAGAUCGGACCGGGCGUGCACGGAGGCACGAUCAAAUCCAUCAUCUGGAACCAAGAUUACAACAUCCUCACGACAGCCGCCGAGGACCGGAGGAUCCGCUGGUGGGAUCUCCGCUCCCGCCAUCCCGUCAUCGAAUAUGCCGUGGAAGGCACGAUAGGUAGCUGCGAGCUCAACACCCUCGCCACUCGACCCAACGACCCCGGCAUCCUCACCGUUGCCGCCGGGAAGAGCGUAUACCUCUUCGACGGCGUGACCCCCGGCCGUCUUCUGAAGAAGAUGGAUUUCCGCUACGAAGUUGCCAGCGCCGCUGUGAACAACGACACCGGCAGACUGGUCACCGGCAGUGCGGACGACACCUGGGCCCGAGUGUAUGACCUGCGCACGGAAGAAGAGCUCGAGGUACAAAAGGGUCACCACGGGCCGAUCUGGUCGGUCAGUUUCUCUCCGGACGGCAAGUUGUACGGCACAGGCAGCGAAGACGGAACGAUCAAGCUUUGGAAGGCUUGCAGAGAGCCGUAUGGGCUGUGGCGUUAG